AUGUCUUCGACAGAUUCUCCCCUUCCAACUACCAUGCGGGCACUCUACGCUGAAGCCCAAGGUCAACCUCUCACUAUCAAAACCGUUCCCACACCCCAGCCCGGUCCUGGAAGUCUCAUCGUCAAAGUUCUCGCUGUAAGCAUUGAGCCCAGUAUUCAAGAACUUCUUGAUGGAAAAAUGCCUUACCUGUAUACACCCACACCAUUUAUCCCUGGCGGUCGCGCCGUUGGUCGCGUUGCUGCCAUCGGGCCAGACACCACCACUUUAUCUAUCGGCCAACUUGUGACUAUCGAGCCUUUUGUUCGAGGUCGGGACAAUUCGGAUGUUAAAAUUCUAUGGGGUCUUGGUGUAUUUGGACAAGACCCCAAAGCGAAAAAGCUCAUCGAGGUUUGGCGUGAUGGCUCAUUAGCUGAGUAUGUGAAGUCACCGCUUGAGAAUGUUUAUGCAUUGAAUGAGAAACAGCUCUUGGGAAGUCCAGCCGAAGGAGGUCUUGGUUAUUCUCUCGGAGAUCUUUCAAUUCUUUCUCGGUAUAUGGUAGCUUAUGGAGGAUUUCGAGGAAUCGAUCUCAAAGCCGGAGAAACGGUCAUUGUGGCACCUGCCACUGGGUUGUUUAGUAGCGCUGCCGUGGAAGUAGCAUCGGCGAUGGGUGCACGUGUCAUUGCUGUCAGUAGGAACUUGUCAAAAUUGCAGAAACUUGCCGCGGCAAAUCAACGCGUCGAGAUCGUACAGACCACUGGCAACUACGAGGAAGAUCUUGCGAGAAUCGAACCUUUGGGCCCGGUCGACGCAUACUUGGAUUUGUCACCCCAGGAAGCAAAUGGCUCGAGUUAUAUCAGAGCGUGUUUGAUGUCAUUGAGAGAUUAUGGGAGAGCGUCAUUGAUGGGAGUGACGUCUAAUGAUAUUGAUAUUCCAUACAUGAUGGCGGUCAUGAAAAACCUUACGAUUCGGGGACAGUAUAUGUAUGAGAGGGAGGACGUAAAAGGACUUAUCAAACUUGUUGAAAGCGGAUUGUUGAAACUUGGAAAAGCGGGUGGCAUGGAAAUCGUGGGUGAAUUCUCGAUUGAGCAAUGGGAUGAGGGAAUCAAGGCUGUUGUUCAGAAUCCUGAGCCUGGAAAAUUGGCUGUUAUGUAUCUUUAG